CUAACCUUAUCUAAUCAGAGUUUUUUUGAAUGAAGAUUUCCACAAUUGUCCAAUUGAACCUAGUCAGGUAAGACAUAAUCUUUUUGUUUUGCUUUUAAGCCUGAUGUUUUAGGAAAGUUACUGGAAAAUAUCCAAAUCGAUCACAAGAUCAAUGCAGUUAAGCGAUCUCUUCUGGGAUUUAAAGAAAAUGGUGACCAAUUGGAUUUUAAGGAAGUGAUCUAUCUGUGUUACUUAUAUCUUCAAAAGAUCACCAGUUUAGAAAAAUGGGCAACACUUUUAAAAGUUACACCAAGAUACCCGAAAACGAGGAAGAAAGGGAAUCACAAGGAAGUGGGACUUAGUUUGCUCCAGAGAAUGGCUGGUUUCGCUCAGUCAGUCCAUCUAUAUGGCAGGGUUCAUGGUGGCAGUGUUUGUGUUUGGAUCAUUGUCCGAUAGGAUAGGUCGUCGUCCAGUUAUCCUGGUGUGCCUCGCAAUUAACGUUGUUUUUGGUGUGGCGAUUCCUUUCUCUACAAGCUAUCUGAUGUUUACCUUUCUAAGGUUUUUCUCUGCUCUGGGGGCUUCAGGUGGCUUCACAACAGGUUUUGUUCUCUUAAUGGAAGUUUUAGGUCCAGCACAUCGAGCCAUCUUGGGGGUAGCGGUAAACUUAGGUUGGUCUGCAGCUUACGUUUUACUCGGUGGUCUGGGUUGGUUACUUAAAGAUUGGACUUACAUCCAACUGUCCAUCAGCGUACCUUGUGUGGCCACAGUCUUAUACUGGUGGUUUCUUCCCGAAUCUCCCCGUUUACUACUCACUCUAGGGAAGUAUGAUGAAGCAGAAAUGCUACUUCGAAAAGCCAUGACAGAAAAUGGCAAGGAUAUAUCUGAUCUCAAAACCGUUCUUGAAAAUCUCAUGGUGCAAAUUAAAAAGGAAAAUGCGACAAAAACUCGCGGGACGGCUUUAGACCUACUGAAAACGCCUAAUAUGAGAAAGAAAACGCUCAACAUUUAUUUAUGCUGGUUUGUCACCGCGUUGUAUAUUAUAUAGUUUUGCCCCAAGCCAAUUACCUAUAAGGUUACACUAUGCUGCCAUCUAGUGUCGAAUGUUACGAGACAGCCGAGCACACGAACUUAAUUUAUAAGUGUGGAUAUAGUUUGAUAAUAUUAAUGUGUUUACAGAUGUAGAGCACUCGUAGGUUUAAGUUGUAGCUAGGAAACAGAACCAUCUGUAUAAGAAUAAUUCUUAAUAAAGCAAGUUUUGUCGGUGAA